UUUGUAUUUUAUACAUUAAUUACCGUGCCGAACGCACACUGGAGCAUUAGUAAUAAUUUUAUUUUCUUCGUUUACCUACGGUUGGAAAGAACAGGAAACAUUUUAGUUUGUGAACACCAUUAGUGCGGCGGUACAAAACAAUGUGCCAUAUAUUUUGUGUUGCACGUCCAUACAUAGUUUAAAUGUAGGUAUUACUUAUUAUAUUUUGUCCCAUUUUAUGUUGUACCGAAAACAUUUGAUGUGAAUUGCAAAUUUUAACCUUUGAGGUUCAUCCUAGGACAUAAAGUUUAACGAUCGCGCGUUGUUGAAUACUAAUUAAUCAUCCAAAAUUGUUCGAGUACAUAAUCGAAUUUAAUGUACCGUCGCUCCGCGGCCAGUAUGAUCAUGUAUUAUCCGUUUUUUGAAAAUCAAGUUGAUAAAAUAUAAAAAGAUAAUAAUAAUAUUAUUUGUGUGCAACGAGGUCGUGCCGAACGUCCGUGGACUAUAGAAACAGGUAGCAGUGUUUAUUAGGAACUUUCAUUACGGACUCAGUGGUAGGAAACAAUAUUAUGGCUGAUCCAAAAGUCGAAGUCGUAAUAUCUGGGAUCGGAGGUUGGUUUCCGGAAUGCAACAACCUGGACGAACUGAAGACGUUACUGUUUGAGAAAGGCAACGGAGUCACUGAGGACAACCGUCGAUGGAUUGCUGGUUCUUUGGGAACGCCACACGCUACGGGGAAAAUAAAAAAUCCCGACAGGUUCGACAAUGUUUUUUUUGGUAUUCACCGUAAAAUGACCGAGAGCUUGGACGCAUUGACCAAAAUCAGUCUGGAAAGAUCCGUGGAAGCAAUAGUCGAUUCUGGCCUAAGCCCUGUUGAUUUGUCUGGAACCAAUACAGCGGUUUUCAUGAGCUCUUGUGUAAGUGAAUCGGAAUUUUUCGAAGUGUUCGACACAAAGAAAAGAGGUUUUGGAAUAUUGGGACACAACAGAGCCAUGCAAGCUAACCGUUUGUCGUAUACGUUGAACUUAAAUGGACCGAGCUAUACGACUGACUCGACGUGGAUCGGAGGAGCUCAGGGGUUGAUGAGAGCGAAAAAGAUGAUUGAAGAUGGUUUAGCGAACGCGGCAAUCGUGGGCACGUGCAGUCUGUGUCUGAAUCCUAACAUGUCUCUUCAGCUGGAAGGAUUGGGUAGAUUGUCACGAGAGAUCGGCACCAAGUGUUUUUGCGCGGACGCAAAUGGAACGAACAGAGCCGAGUCGUGCGUGGCAUUUUUUUUACAAAAAUCGACCGAAGCCAAACGUUCGUACGGGACCUUGUUAAACGUAACUGCAAUUUGCGGUGACACCGGAAAUGUGUUUACCCAUUUUUCGGCGGGCUUAUACGAACAAACUUUGUUGGACGCUUACAAGGCUGCCGGAGUGGAUCCCGCCACCGUAAACUACGUCGAAGCCGAAGGUUCAGGAAUUAAGAAAGUCGACACGAUGGAAUUAAAUGUUUUGGAGAAGAUAUUUUGCUCUUCCAAGCGUAGAGAACCGUUAAAAAUCGGUUCGGUCAAAAGCAAUAUCGGUCAUAGUGAAGCUAGUUCCAGUUUAGUUUCGUUGGCAAAAGCGCUUAUAGUCUUAGACACCGGGUACAUACCGCCGAAUUUGAACUACACAGAGCCCGACCCAGAUUAUACGGCCAUCACGUCUGGAAAAAUAGAAGUGGUGACAGAAAAAACUGCCCUGACCGGCGACACUAUUGGCGUUAGCACGUUUGGCCUUUGCAAUUCAUUCAGCCAUUUGAUUAUAAAGCAAAAUAAAAAAAACAAAACGAGAAAAUACAAAAAAGACCAACAACCGUUCAUCGACGGUUUCCCCAGACUCAUCCCGCUGUCUGCGCGAAACGAAGAAGGGCUGAACGAGUUGAUCCAAAAGGUAAAAAACAGUGAAGUGGACGAAGAGUAUGCCGCACUGUUACAAGGAGUAUUCUAUAACACGAUAUACGCCCAUCACUACAGAAGCUAUACGAUUUUUCCCAGCAUCGACGAUAAAACUCAAGAGGAAACAACAUACAUUCCGUCGUUGACCAAGCGACCAAUCUGGUUUAUAUUUUCUGGUAUGGGUUCCCAAUGGAACGGUAUGGGAAAACAACUGUUAGAUGUGCCGAUAUUCGCCGAUUCGAUCCGUAAAUGCGAAGCCGUGUUGAAGCCAAUGGGUGUCGACCUUAUGGACAUUUUGACCAGUGACGAUCCUAAACUGUUUGAUAACAUUCUGAACGCUUUCGUCGGCAUAGCCGCCAUACAGAUAGGUUUAGUGGACGUGCUUAAAGCUCUCGGUAUCGAACCCAACGGUAUUGUCGGACAUUCGGUGGGCGAAUUGGGAUGUGCAUAUGCUGACGGUUGCUUCACGGCCGAACAAAUGAUACUCGCAGCCCACGCCAGAGGUCGAGCUUCUAUCGAAACCGAACUAAUUCCAGGAAUGAUGGCAGCAAUUGGAAUGGGUUACAAUCAAAUCAAAGACAGGUUACCGCACGACAUCGAAGUCGCUUGUCACAAUGCGUCCGACAGUUCAACACUAUCUGGACCCACUGAGAGUGUAAACAAAUUCGUGGAUCAGUUGAAAUCCGAAGGUGUAUUUGCCAAAGUAGUAAAUGUCUCCAACAUCGCGUACCACAGUCGUUAUAUAAAACCGGCGGCUCCGACUCUACUCAAAUACCUAAAAGAAGUGAUCCCCGAAUCCAAACCGCGGUCAUCGAAAUGGAUAAGUAGUUCAAUCCCCGAAUCAGAAUGGGGUAACGAACUUUCAUUGACUAGUUCUCCUGAAUAUCAUACAAAUAAUCUUCUGGGUCAAGUUUUAUUUGAAGAAGCCUCUAAACACAUCCCCGAAAACGCUAUUACGAUAGAAAUCGCUCCUCAUGGUCUUUUACAAGCAAUUCUGAAACGUUCUUUAAAAGAAAACGUUACAAAUAUACCGUUAACUCAUAGGAGUACAAAAGACUCGGUGAGGUUUUUAUUAAACGCAGUUGGAAAAAUGUAUGCAAAUGGUAUGACGCCCAACAUUGAAGCUCUCUAUCCACCAGUAAGUUACCCGGUCAGCCGAGGGACACCAGCAGUACAUUCUCUUUUUCCAUGGGACCACACUGAAAAGUGGGCUCUAAAGUCUAUGGUGCAAGCAGGCACAAGACUUCCAAGUGAAAGAAUAUUUAACGUGACUUUUAAUAACGAUCCAAUUUUAUUAGAAUACAGAAUAAAUGGCCGACAUAUUAUACCAUAUUCCAACCUUUUGUGGUAUGUUUGGAAAUCGUUUUUAAUAACUAACAAUGAAUACAGUAUUUACGAUCCAAUCGUAUUCCAAGAAUUGCAUUUCUUUAAAUCCGUUGAAAUCACAGAAGUCGAAAAACUUGAGUUCUAUUCACUUAUACAUCGGGGAACGGGACACUUCGAACUUUGCCUUCAAAAUGACAUUAUAGUUUCCGGUAGAAUAUUCCAUCCGGAUGCAAUGGAAAAAUCAGAAAUGGAUAGAAAAAUGCAAAAUGUAAAAGUCGUUUCUGGUAAACCUUCCAGUUCGAUCGCGCAUCACGAUGUAUACUCUUCUCUAGAACAUAUUGGUUAUAAUCUUGGUGAAAAUUUCAAGAACAUAACUAACAUCGACUUAUUUAACCGAGGAUGUCGAGCAAAUAUUAAAUGGAAAAACGAUUGGGUGUGUUUCCUGAAUGCGGUUGUCUCUUUGCAAAUAUACCAAGACAUUGACAAUUGUAGUCGCCCAUUAGAAUGGCACACAAUACGCGAAUUAUAUAUAAAUCCAGAACCAUUAAAGAAUAUGUGUGACAGAGAUAUUUCGGUUAACUAUUGUUUGAAUACCAAUGAAUUUACUAGUGACGGAUUAUAUAUGUCACAUUCUACCGUUAAUGUUCUAUCGCUGAAUGUGUUCGAACCGGUUGAACUACGAUUAGACGAGGAACAGUUCAUGAAAUUAAAUAAUCAUAACAUUAAAUCUGAUGAUGACCAGUUCAUCAAUAACUGUAUGCAAAUUAUACUGGAAAAGAAAAAUUACCAAGUCGGAUUUAGUUUGUCCAACUUGGACGUUUACUAUGCCAAUAAAAAUAACGACAAUAUAUUGGUAUCUUACCUGACGUCAAUUAAGUCCAUUUUAGAUACUCAUCUCUCUAUUCAAACGGUCAUAACAAAUAUGGAUAACGCAAAUGUGAACACAGUAUGCCAAAACAUCACAAAAGGUUACAACGUGGCGUUAGUCUCAAAAAAUCGCAUACAAGAAGCAACCUUAUGGUUGUCAAAUAAAAAAAAAGCGUUUAUGAUAAUACUUUCGGAUGAGCCCCUUCAAAGCAAUAAGGAUUGGAGCGUCAUAACUCAGCAGAAGCUGAAUAAUAAGUAUUCAGUUUUAGUGAAAAAGACUAAAGUAAAAACCUAUGAUAGCUUAGAAAUAAAAAGUAUUUCUGAUAUUAAAAAUAUUCAGAACGAACUGAGAGUAGUUUUAGACAAAAAUCAUUCUUCCAAACGAGUUCUGUACAUUGUAACAAAAAUUGUUCCUUUUGAAAAAAUAUCGAAUUUUAUAUACGAUGUAGUCCAAGGAAAUCACUCGAAAAAAUUACGGUUUGUGUUUUUGUUGGACGAAUCAGCACCGACAUUCGAUGUGAACAAUCAAUUUUAUAAGGAACAGCUUCAGAAAAAUUUGGUCAUCAACAUUUAUAAAAAUAGAGAAUGGGGCACUUUGACGAAGCAUUUUAUAGCCGAUUCCGUCAGUGACGCUAUCCCGGAAAAAAAUCCUCCGUCUCAAAUCGAUGCGCUUUCACUAGAAGGGCUGAAUGUGAAAUGUUUGGGUAUAAACUUUAAAGAUAUUACAAUUAACAACAACGCCACUAGCGAACUCGGAUAUUUAGAAUAUUCUGGGCUAACAAGUGAAGGAAAACGAGUAAUGGGAAUUGCUCCAUUCGAAACCACGUCAAAACAUAUUUUACCAAUACCAGGGUUAUCAUGGGAAAUUCCUUCCGAUUGGUCAUUGGAAGACGCAGCAACAGUUCCCAUUCCCUACACAUUGGCAUAUUACAUGCUGGCCUGCCUGAACAUUAGAUAUCGACCGGUGUAUUCAGUUUUGGUACACGCCGGUUUUCAUCCUGUCGGACAAGCAGCAUUAGCGAUUUGCUUAUCGCAGGGUUAUGAUGUGUACACGACUGUUGCAAACGAAGAACAAGCGUCGUUACUCAAAAAGAAAUUCCCACAGUUACCGGAGUCGAGAAUAUUUAGCUACGAAGAUAGUAGAUUUGAAGUUGAAAUUAGAAUCGCUACGAAAGGCUUCGGUGUGUCGAUUGUAAUAAACUGUCUUAACGGCAACGAAUUCCACGCGUCUGUUGAUUUAAUUGCGAAACAUGGGAAAUUUUUCCAAUUGACCAAAACUGAUAUGAAAAAUUACGAAAAAAUGGGGUUAAUGGUUUUCUUGAAAGUUGUUGCGUUUUACGCCAUAAGUCCCGAUGCCAUAAGAGAUGAAACUGACAAAAUAAAGUUCGAACUUCAAAAUAAAGUACAAAAAGGGAUAAAACAAGGUGUUGUCAAACCGUUUGACCGAUGUGUACUAACAGGGCCGUGCACGGGCAAAGAAGCAAUAAAAACACUAAAAUUGACGUCACAAGGACUGGAAUCCAAACGUGUAGUGCUGUCGCUGGAAGGAGAAAAACUGUUGUCGAAAUCCAAUAAGGAUGUCACACAACUAAGAUAUCAAUGUUUCCCAAACAAGAUAUAUUUGAUCAUCGGAAGUAAAUAUAGCGCUUGGAUAGAUCUCGCAGAGUGGUUAGCACUUCGAGGAGCUCGCAAAAUAAUUGUAGCCAUAAAAAAACACGCCAUGUCAACAACGGUUUCGAGGAGGUUCAAUUUUAUUUUAUCGCGCUAUAAUAACAUUAUAUUUCAAGUAGUGUCGGAGUCAAGUUUUAAUUCAAAGAAGGACGUUGUUAGUUUAUUAAAGGACGCUACAGCAACAAAUCCUCUAGCCGGAGUGUUUUUCGCUACAAUGAUGGACGGAGAUGAAAAAUUACGCAAUAUUCAAUAUGCGUUUGAACACUUUCCAUCGAAACCAGACAACAAACCUUUUCUCGUGUGCAUUUUGAGUGGUGGGGCUAACAUUUGUUCAGAGCUCCGAGAAUCGGGUGCUUGUGCAAACGCCGUGAGUAUUUCGUGGGACUCAACAUCAGAUUUCGAGCCCAAACUGCCGGACUUACUGUCGUCAUUGGACAAAGUGCUGCUCAAUUUAGACACAGUGGCCACUUCGACAAUAAUUUGCAGCGAAAACGAUAAAAAUAACAUUUUAAUAUACAGAGAUGUGUAUUCCAACAUGACUUCGCAUUUUCCCAAUUCCGUCGAAGAACUCGACGGGUUCGGAGACUACAUCACAGACGAGCCGGUGUUUGUGGAAGUUGCUACGAACAGUCAACGAUUUGUAGAUAGCCACUGCAACAUGCCAAUAUUCAUCGUUGCUGGUUUCCGGCCAGCAUUCAUGCGCAACCUGUAUAAAAACAUUAAGAAUCCGACUUUCGAGGCGAGAUUACCCGAACAAAUCGAAUCCAUCGAACAAGUCGCUAGCGACUUGCUAAAGAAACUAAAAGAAAUCAGCUCUUACGGGUCAGUGUCGUUGGUCGGUAUAUCUUGGGGCGGUCCCGUUUGCAUUUGGAUGGCACAAAUGUUGGAAGCAGAAAACAUUUCGGUGAGCUUGACUUUGUUGGAAGGAUCGCCAAAUCUAAUUUUCGAGUGGUCCAAGAGUUUGUUGCAAGACGGUAGCAUAAAUACCAAAUUGGUGUCGAAAUACUUCCCGCUGAAGAACACGGAGGGCAAACAAAUUAACACGGACAAGGGAUGGAACACGGAGUUACCUAAUGUGUUGAAAUCUAUUGGCGCUUCAUCGGUCACUGCGAACACUUUGAAAGCCCUAAACGCGAUACGUUCCAGGCUAACUGCCAUUUUUAACAUGCAACGACUUCCUGACAAGCUGUACGCCAACAUUCAGCUCUUCAAAAUAUGGGACGAUUCGAAAAAGACAAAUAUUUAUAAUUUACACGAUUAUUGCAAGCACAUACCGACAUCACACGUGAGCGAUCAAACGGACUUCAUAAACAUUCUAUCAGACAAAAAGUUUGCUAGUGUUAUAAAUUCAAACAUUUUACACUAUCAUCCGGACACUAUCGACGUGCAAAUCAGUGAAACUUACAGCCGUGCCGAAUAUAGUUUCGAUGGUUAUAUUGUAACAUAAAUAUAUUUCUCUUUUAUCAGGGUACAUAAUAAAUUUAAUAAUUUAUUGUCAUUUUUUUUUUUUAAUUUCAAUUCAAUAAACUAAUGCUUUUUAUUGAU